AUCCGCUCACUUUCCCGCCACCCGAGCCUCGAAGCUCGCUUUCCCCUACACAAUUACAUUUCGUUGCUUUAUUUGAAAGCGUGUGGAGCUCAGCACGGCGUCGGAGAUGUGAGCUCGAGCUCCCGUUAGCCAGCUUGCUAACUGAGAGGCACAUUUAUCUUACGCGCUGUGCUAACCAAGCAGCCAGACAGGCUGGAUUUAAGCACAGACUUCAGACAUAAAUCGGCAGUGAGGUGUUUUAUACACCCACCCAUCUUGUUUUAAGGUGAACGAUGUGACCAGACACAGAUGACAUGCUGUAUGAAGUCUGCGUGACAGACAUGUUGUCCGUUAGCCGUUCGGUGUCAAGCUACCUGCUAGUUUUGAAGUCGAUAGCAAUGGGGUGCGUUUAAGUCAUGAACGAUUUGGUCGACGCUUAAUUUAAGUUGUUUAGUAUGCAUACUGUUCAUCAAUACGUUGGGAAAUGUUGUUGUGUGAUUAACGUUAUAUAUGGCAGAUCAAGACUAAAGUAAGCUUAAUAUGUGGCUAACGUUAGGUGACACAUUGACACUAGCAUCGCGUUAGCUUAUGACUUUUCAUUGAGUUAAGUGUGUUGGCUUGAUUCUGUCUAUAAACCAAACACACGAGCAAUGGUUUUGUACAGAUUCGUUAAUAUAUUAUAUAUGAAAUCGUAAAAGCGAUCUCAAAUGUGAAUGCGUGUGGACCUGUGUGUAAGCUAACCUGAGCACACAUAACCAGCUGCUUUUCAGUGUGCAGUGCUAACUAAAUUCCUCUGGCUGGAAAAAAUAACAGCCAGACUGAAAAGUUCACUAGGCUAACUCGCCAACCGCCCUUACAAGAGAGGAGAAACUAGUUAUUGUAAGGGGCAUGUGGAAAGUUGUCACCAUAGAGAUCCAAAGCAGACCAAAUAGCAUAUCAUAGCAUUAGGGCUUUAAUGUAGGUUCUCUUUUCACGGCAUUGAGUCCUAUAGGUUUGUCUAAUUUCUGCUUUAUUGUCUAACAACUUAUAUGUUGGAUUUAGUUAGAUUUUGGGUUCUGGUUUAUUGCUGUGGCUGAUAUUUAUCGAUUUGGCCGAUAGUCUUUCCAUUCCUUAAAUUCUUUGAUAAUUAAGAAAGGCCACUCAAAUGUCAAGUCUCUGUAUGACGGACAAAAGAAUUAGCCAUUAUCAUUCACUGUUUUUAAUUUUAUGUAAACUUACAUUGUUUUACACACAACAACACUCAAGUGUGCAUCAAAGUCCUAUUCAUACAGUACAGUGAGCUGUCAGAUGUACAGCUCAGCGGUAGUUUCAGCAGGGAGCACAGGUGUGAUGUAAACAAACUUGUAACAUUUUACCUUACAAUCACAAAUCCUGUGACUGAUCUGUAACAUGGUUGCAGUUCUUGAUGUUAUUACGAAUUUGGAGAAAUACCCCAUCACCAAAGAAGCACUUGAGGAAACACGCUUAGGAAAGCUAAUUAAUGAUGUAAGGAAGAAAACGAAGGAUGAGGACCUUGCCAAACGUGCCAAGAAACUCUUGCGGAACUGGCAAAGGCUCAUCGAGCCUGGCCAAAGUGACACUCCUGGGAGAGGAGUGCCAAACGUCCCGGGCUCUGCCAAUGGAGGUGCUCACCCCUGCCGGACAGAAACGCCUCCAGCGGUACCCCCGGCAAGCAAGAUUGCUCCAGAGCUCAAAACCAGAAAUGACAUCCACAACACUUACUCUCCAAAGGCGGAGAAAUCUAGCAGAAAACGGCGGGCGGAGCAGAGGGAUACCCCCCAUUUGCCAGCCAAAAUGAUAAAAACAUCCAUUUAUGAGCAAAUGUUUUCUUCCUCCCCACCAUCAAAUGGAAUUAGGGGAAGUCCUGAGUCUCUCCUAGAGAAAGAUGAGGACGCACCCUCUGACAGAAUCCGCACCGAGCACCUUGAGAAUGACAGACAGAACAAAAUUCCUGUCAAUGCUGUCAAGCCUCAUCCGAGCUCUCCCGGGCUAACCAAACCACCUAGCACUUCCUCUUUACUCAAAACGUCAGUGUUACAGCAGCAUGCGCGAAUGGAUGGGGCUGGUGGUGGGCAGCAUCAACCUAAAAGCCCUCGAUACUCCUCAAGUCCACGUAGUGUAACACUCGAGACAAUGGCCAAGAGGUCUUCAACAUAUGCACCUAAAGGGACUCUUUCGAGCCCAUCGCAGAAUUCUGCCCAAGUGCCCUCUCCUUUGCCUACAUUGCAGCCUUUAACCUCCCCAGCCCAAGUGUGCAUUGGCGACGGUCCGUCCUCGGUAGGGCUGGAAGACUCGAUGCACUUGCACAGGUCAACAGAAAGAGUCUCCCAGCCCCCACUCAGCAGCGUAACACUGGAGCCGCUAUCCGGCUCCCCGCUCGCCUCCCACCAAGCGACCCACAGCUUGGAGGCCUCAGAGACCAAGAGCGAGCGAGAGGGAGCAACUUCCAACUCGGAUGGCAAAAAGCGUAAGAAAUACAGGUCCAGAGACUACAUGGUAAACCUUCAGGGCCAGACAUCGGAGGACAGGACCAAGCCUGUGCGGUUAAAAGAACGUAGGUUGACGUUUGAUCCCGUGACGGGACAGAUAAAGCCCCUCACUCCGAAAGAAACUCACCACGAGGAAGAGUGCCAAGGACCGCCAGUUACAGAGGUCACAAGGACUGAGAUACCCCAACAAAAACCGCCACCUCCUGUCCCCAACCCCUUUCAACAGACGAACUGGAAGGAGCUGUCCAGAAACGAAAUUAUUCAAUCCUACCUUAAUCUUCAGAGCAAUGUUCUCACAUCCUCUGGAGCGCAGACCCACGGGGCGCACUUUUUCAUGACUGAAUAUUUGAAACGAGAGGAACACGACGUAAAAGAGUCCAGGAAAACGCACGUUUUAGUACCGAGCAGCUCCGUUACCGAACUACCCGGGGUGACUCGGGAGGUAACAAAUGAGGACCUUCUCAGAAUACACAGUGAACACUGGCAAGGGGUGAACGGUUGCCAUGACACCAAGGGAACCUGGUAUGAUUGGACAGAGUGUAUAUCAUUGGAUCCUCAUGGUGAUGAGAGCAAAUUGAACAUCCUGCCAUAUGUUUGCCUAGACUGAGAGAACAGGGAUUAUGCUGACCUGAGUUGGAAAGGUUUCCCAAAAAGUUCCCACUGCGAGUUCGAGGAGAUCGAGAGAUUCUCUCCUCGUUGCUCUGUGCUAGGUUCAUCUUACAAGUGUAAUGAAUGAACAGGGGUUGUUCCAAGUUCAGCUUUCCACAGGAAGGAGCUGAAAAGGUGUCCUGUUUGUAAUGUGCUGCUACCAACGAGAAUUUGCAAACAAGGGUUGUAUAUAAUGGCUCGCAGGGAUUUAACAGGGCCAGUUAUUGCACAAUGUGUGAAUAGGAGGUCAGAGCAAGCAUCGAGCAGUACGGAUACGUUUGAAAGCAAGUCGAGAACAUUUUUUGGCAGUUACAAAAAGCUUUAUGUGACAAAGAAUAAAUUAUAAAAGUUUCUUAUCAUGUAUGCAUCUAUUUAUUUGACCGUUUGUUUCUUUUCAUUUUUCUUAUAAGAAGGUUAUCCACUAAGAUGUGCAAAUAUGUUGGAGGCGUUUCAUAUUUGCCCCUUGUUUGCGAGGCAUAUUUAAGUCGAUUAAAUUCACAUACAUGUGCUAAUUGCAGUAGAUACCGACAUUCCAUACUGUAUGAGCAUCAUUUAUUGCUUAAUGUUUCUUUCUCAGUAUAGCUAAAAUAAGUGAUUUUCAUAUGAGAGAAAAGCAAUCUAUUUUUAGAUGUGUUAAAUAAACAAUAUUUUAAAAAGAUCUGUUUGCCUAGAAAAUUGUAAAAAUAAAAACACAAAUAUGGAUGUCAAAAAGAAAUAAGUAUCGAGUCCUAGAUCGGAAUGUUUGAAUGCAGUGAACGGUUACAGAGGGUGCUACUCUUCAUCUUCAUACUGUGAGGGCAGGAAAGCAGGAAAAUGUUAAUAUGCUGGAAAUAUACUUGUUAUCAUUCCUUUAGAUAUUUUUUGCCUUACUAAAAAACAUUCAACAAUGACUUUGUUAUUUGAAGAGCCUUAGUGAAUGUACGGCAUUGAGAUUUUUGUUUGAGUGGUGCAGAAGAAAACACCUCUUAUGGUCUUUAUUUUCUCAAAUUGGCACAUUGUCCUAUAAAUGUGUCAAUAAAAACGCGCAUUAUCCUGCUUGUCUGUACAUAGUUCUUGCAAUCCAUGUCAAACCUUGCUAAGUCUUCAUUUUUUUUUUUUAUGUGUGUCAAUGUUCUUAAUUUGGAAGAAAACGCAUUCUGAAAGAAAAUCCCAAUCGUUUGUGUUGCAUUCAUAGACCUAGAUUUAUAGGUUCUGGUCCUAUUAUUCAUUCAGUGUUUUAAGUUUUACAUUUGAUCGUAUUUUUUUCGAAAAUGUGUUUUUUCAAUGCCUUGCCAUUUGUUUUGGAGACGAACGUCCUGUGAAAUGGGUUGAAACCAAUUUGCUGCCGACUUGCAAACACUGUGUGCUCUGCUACCUUCGUCCUACCAAUGUGCCUUUAAUGUAAAAAGUUUGAAAAGGCUUCCGCUACCUUCGUUUGGUUAAAAAAAUUCAAAAUAUGUUUUCUUACAACCAUGUCAGAUAUUCCAGGUAUAUGCAUUGUUUCUAAAGCAAAGGCCAUCAAUUCAAUACUUGGUUAGGCUAUUGCAAAUAUAAUUUGCAAUUUAAAUCUAGAGGAAGAGACUACUUUGAUCGUUUUUGAUCAGUAUAUUUGUUCAGUGUUUAACAUCACUCGUUUGUUCGAAAAAUAAAAUGAUCAAAACUA